AUGGCAGCUCUGGUCUUCCCAAGGCCGCAGCGCUUCGCCCGGGCCGCCGGCGCCGCCGCCCUCGCGCUGGGCUGCGGCCUCCUCGCGGGCGGGGCCUCGGCGUUUGCGGCAGCCAGGCCGGGCGGCCUCCGCCCCGCCGGCGGCGCGCCCGCGGCGGGCCGUGAGCGCGGCGGGCGUCCGACCGCGCUGGCGGCGCUCGGCUGGCUGCCAGACAUGCCGCAGAUGUGCGAGGACGACUACGAGUGCAACGGUGGCAAGGCGAACUUCCCGCUGAGGUGCCUCGACGCCGCCAUCGCCAAGAUCUGCGUCGACCCAGAUGACUUCCUCAGACCGACGUCCGAGGCCGCGUACGAGCCCCUGGUGGUGCGGCCCGACUCCCACAGCGACCCCAGGCGCGCGGGGCGCCAAUGACGCGGCGCUCCGGCACGGACAGCGGGCGAAGUCCCUCUGUCCAUAGUCGUCCGCACCUCUUCUCCUCCUGUCUC